GCAUGGGCAGGGGACGCGGCAGCCCCACGGCGGGGGCAGCGGGCGGCGGGGGCGGAGGCGGCGGCAGCUAGCGCCCUGCCCCGCGCCGCCUCCCUCGGCGCGCUCGCCCGGCGGACUCGCAGGCGGCUGACCGGCCCCAGGCUGCAGGGAAGGGCCCGGCCUCCGCGAGGAACCCCUGGUGCCGAGACCAGCUCGGAAGUCAGACGUUGCCGGCACAGGCUGGGCCUCGGCUACAUUUCCAGAACCCUCUCGUCAAGAUGGUAGACACAGAAACCCCGAUUUGCCCCCUCUCCCCACUCGAGGCUGACGAUCUGGAAAGCCCAUUAUCUGAAGAAUUUCUACAAGAAAUGGGAAACAUCCAAGAGAUUUCUCAAUCCAUCGGCGAGGACAGUUCUGGAAGCUUCAGUUUCGCAGAAUACCAGUAUUUAGGAAGUGGCCCGGGAUCAGACGGAUCUGUUAUUACGGACACCCUCUCACCAGCUUCAAGCCCCUCGUCGGUCACGUACCCAGUGGCGGCCGGUAGUGCUGAUGAACCUUCCAGCAUAGCCUUGAACAUUGAAUGUAGGAUCUGUGGGGACAAAGCUUCAGGCUACCAUUACGGAGUUCAUGCGUGUGAAGGCUGUAAGGGUUUCUUCCGGCGAACCAUUCGGCUGAAGCUGGCCUAUGACAGAUGUGACCGCAGCUGCAAGAUUCAGAAAAAGAACCGGAAUAAGUGCCAGUACUGUCGUUUCCACAAGUGCCUUUCGGUCGGGAUGUCCCAUAACGCAAUUCGCUUUGGACGAAUGCCGAGAUCUGAAAAAGCAAAACUGAAAGCGGAAAUUCUCACCUGCGAACAUGACCCAGAAGAUGCAGAAACAGCAGAUCUGAAGUCCCUCGCCAAGAGAAUUUAUGAGGCCUACCUCAAGAACUUCAACAUGAACAAGGUCAAGGCCCGGGUCAUCCUGGCAGGGAAGGCCAGCAACAACCCGCCCUUUGUCAUACACGACAUGGAGACAUUGUGUAUGGCCGAGAAGACUCUGGUGGCCAAGCUGGUGGCCAACGGUAUCCAGAACAAGGAGGCGGAAGUCCGCAUCUUCCACUGCUGCCAGUGCACGUCUGUGGAGACCGUCACCGAGCUCACCGAGUUUGCCAAGUCCAUCCCUGGCUUUGCCAACUUGGACUUGAACGAUCAGGUCACUUUGCUGAAAUACGGAGUUUAUGAGGCCAUAUUUGCCAUGCUGUCUUCUGUGAUGAAUAAAGAUGGGAUGCUGGUAGCAUAUGGAAAUGGUUUUAUAACUCGUGAAUUCCUGAAGAGCCUAAGGAAACCGUUUUGUGAUAUCAUGGAACCUAAGUUUGACUUUGCGAUGAAGUUCAACGCGCUGGAGCUGGAUGACAGUGAUAUCUCCCUUUUUGUGGCUGCUAUAAUUUGCUGUGGAGAUCGUCCCGGCCUUCUAAACGUGGGACACAUUGAAAAAAUGCAGGAGGGCAUUGUGCACGUGCUCAAACUUCACUUGCAGACCAACCACCCGGACAACAUCUUUCUCUUCCCAAAACUCCUUCAAAAAAUGGCAGACCUCCGGCAGCUCGUCACUGAGCACGCGCAGCUCGUGCAGGUCAUCAAAAAGACCGAGUCUGACGCCGCCCUGCACCCGCUGCUGCAAGAAAUCUACAGGGACAUGUACUGAUGGGUUGAAGGUAAAACACCCAGGCCACGUUGCCAAGGACUUCUAAAGUCGACAGCACUACAGAUGGGGAACGGGAGCAACAUCCGCUAUGCACAAAUUCCACCGCUUUCACCUUAGAGAAUGGGACGGAUGAGCCUUAGGUAACCGGAACCCUAGACCACAUUUCUUUCUUUUUCACACCAGUACUUCCGAGAGUGUGCAAAGUAUUGAACUGGUGGGGACAGGUAUCUAUAAGCAGUUCUUAGAAAAUUAAGGGGAAUGAUGCCCAGUGGUUUGAUUUUAACUCACCUGAUGUUAAUCAAUGCAGAUUUCUUGAUAUCACAUGAAUAACGUAGCACUGAAUUAACUGGUGAUCUCGAAA